UCAGCGUCAUCAGCGCUUCCAUCAAGAGCCUCUCCAACUCCACUUCCAACCUUCAUCAUAUCCCGAGGAUACCAGGAUGUUAUUUAUACGUAUUUGUGUUGUGCUCUCACCGUUUAUUGUCAAAGGUCUUCAGCUGCUUCCACAGACCCGUGAGGAUCCUAACAAUCUGAAACAUGCAGAUGAAGAUGAAGUCAAGUCAGUGAUGGAGGGAGAUUCUGUCACAUUACACACUGAUGUUAUUCACAUACAAAGACGUGAUCAGAUACUGUGGAUGUUUGGACCUCAAGGGAUUCCAAUAGCUGAUAUUUAUAAUCAGAAACCCAAAACAUAUCAGACUGGAAGAUAUGGUGGUAGACUGCAGAUCAACAGUCAGACUGGAUCUCUCACCAUCACAAACAUGAGAACAACAGACUCUGGACUUUAUAGAUUAGAGGUCAUCAAUGGGAAAGAAACAUUGUUCAAGAUAUUUAAUCUAACUGCCUAUGCUCGUCUGUCUGUUCCUGUCGUCAUCAGAAACUCUUCUCAAUGUUCUUCAUCAUCAGAAAGAUCUUCAGUGUCAGAAUGUGUGUUGUUGUGUUCAGUGAUGAAUGUGACACAUGUGAGUCUCUCCUGGUACAAAGGAAACAGUUUAUUGUCCAGCAUCAGUGUGUCUGAUCUCAACAUCAGACUCCCUCUACCUCUGGAGGUGGAAUAUCACGAUACAAACACAUACAGAUGUGUCAUCAAUAAUCCCAUCACAAACCACACAAAACUUCUACACAUCAAUGAACUCUGUCAGGCGUGUUCAGAUCCCAGUCAGCAUUAUUUAAUACCGCUGAUAACUGGUCUUGUGGUGGGGCUGCUGGUCAUCGUUUUUGUGAUUUUCUGGCAUAACUCUAAACAACAAAUAAUGAGAGAUGUUGAAGCAAAUCAGACAGCAUACUCAAAUGUAGUGACAUAA